AUGCUGUCGCGUCGAUUGACAACCCUGGUGCGAAUGGCACCUAUGUGCCAGGUCCGCCAGCGUCGCAACAUGAAGCCAAUUGCUGUGAUGCUUCCAAGCAUCAUGCAGACUGUUCGUUCCUAUGCUGACAAAAUUGUUCAAGUGCCGCAGAUGGCAGAGUCCAUUUCCGAGGGAACUCUGAAACAGUUUACCAAGAGUAUUGGUGACUAUGUCGAGCUGGACGAAGAACUCGCGACCAUCGAGACUGACAAGAUCGAUGUCGCUGUCAACGCUACGGAGGCCGGUACUAUUAAAGAAUUCUUUGUGAAUGAGGAGGACACUGUCACCGUCGGACAAGACCUUGUCCGCAUCGAGUCGGGCGGCUCGCCCGCCCCUCAAAAUGAACCUGCGCCCAAAGAUGACGACCAGGCGAAGUUGGCAGCUGAAUCGAAAUCAUCACAGCACCAAACACAAACUGAAUCGAACCAAGAGACCAAGAAAGGGACAAAAUUCCAAGCGGAGAAAACCCCCGCAGCUUCUCCUCAGCGACCUGCGACAGAGAAGGACGCCGCGCCCUCUGCUUCACAGGCUUCGAGUUCUGGGCCUAGCCUUGGUAGCCGGGAGGAACGACGUGUGAAAAUGAACCGCAUGCGCUUGCGCAUUGCAGAACGCCUCAAGCAAUCACAGAACACUGCCGCUUCACUCACGACUUUCAAUGAGGUUGACAUGUCCAAUAUCAUGGAUUUUCGCAAACUAUACAAGGAUGAUGUACUGAAGAAGACCGGCGUGAAGCUCGGCUUCAUGAGCGCCUUUGCUCGUGCAUCCGUUCUUGCUAUGCGCGAACUGCCUGCUGUCAAUGCUUCAAUUGAGGGCUCGAACGGCGGCGACACGAUCGUAUAUCGUGACUAUGUUGACAUUAGCGUCGCAGUUGCCACCGAAAAAGGCCUCGUUACACCCGUUGUCCGCAAUGUUGAAUCCAUGGACAUGGUCGGUGUGGAGAGCUCUAUUGCUGAUAUGGGUAAAAAGGCUCGUGAUGGCAAGCUUACGAUCGAGGAUAUGGCCGGCGGAACGUUCACAAUCAGCAACGGCGGUGUCUUUGGUUCUCUUAUGGGAACCCCCAUCAUCAAUUUGCCCCAGACUGCUGUACUAGGUCUGCACGCCAUCAAGGAACGCCCUGUGGCAAUCAAUGGCAAGAUCGAGAUUCGACCAAUGAUGUAUCUUGCACUGACGUACGACCAUCGCCUUCUUGAUGGUCGCGAAGCCGUGCAAUUCCUUGUGAAGAUCAAGGAGUUCAUCGAAGACCCUCGCCGCAUGCUCCUGUAA